ACGUAAUUCUUAUAGAAAUAAUAUGAUCCGGUCUCAUUAUGAUAUGUGUAAAUGGGCACUGCACAUAUUUCACUGUACAUCUUUUUCAUUUUCCAAGGUGCCUUCUUGGAGCGGAUGUCAGUAUAAGGCAGUCCUGGUCUAAGGAGUUAAGAAUAUGCAGUGUGAAGACGAUGAGGAAUCAGAGGACAGAGAUUGCGAGAACAGGAGGCAGUUAACAGAGGGAUCUCAAAGUGUUUGUGUAACUGAUGACUGCGUCUCAAAGGGAUUUCAGCAAAACGUCCAGCAGGGUCUGUGUAAAAGGCUCACGCUCAUAAAUUCCAUUGGAAUUGCAGAAAAGCUCAAUAUGCUAGUAAGUGUGAGUGAGAACCUUAUAGAUGAGGACAGGGAUGUGAAGGAUGAAACUAAGGAAGUGGAAAAGAAUGUUGGAACGAAGCCCAGUAGGUUGUCUCCCAAUGACCCGAUUGAUCCAGACACUAGUGUCAGUGACCAAACUCCAACAGAAAAAAAGGAACCAUCUGGGAUUCGUAGGAACAAAAUACAGUCUUCAAGCAUGACAAAUAGCCCAUCUACUAAUACAGAAUUUGCAAAAAAUGAGGAUGGAGAGGAUCGACCCUACAAGUGUGAACAGUGUGGCCGUUCAUUUAAGAAGUCCAGCAAUCUGCUGAGCCACAUUGAUACGCACAGUGGGGCAAAACCUCAUGUGUGCGAGCUUUGUGGUAAGGCUUACUCUCACCAGGGUACCUUACAGCAACAUCGCAGGCUGCAUACAGGCGAAAGACCUUAUAAAUGCCCCCUUUGUGCCAAGUCUUACACAUGGUCCUCUGAUUACAGAAAGCACAUUCGCACACACACUGGUGAGAAGCCGUACCAGUGUAGUGAGUGUGACAAAGCCUUUGUGCGUUCAUCCGAUCUCCACAAGCACCAGCGCAACAUGCACAACAACGAUAAGCCCUUUCCCUGCGGGGAGUGCGGGAAGACCUUUAACAAACCUCUAUCCUUGCUUAGGCACCAGCGUUCACAUUUAGGGGAAAAACCAUUCCAGUGUCCAGACUGUGGGAAGGAGUUUGCUGUGGCCAGCAGGAUGGUGGAACACCAGCGGGUACACACAGGAGAGCGCCCGUUCUCCUGCUCCAUCUGUGGCAAACGUUUCACUAAGUCAUCUAACCUGUUUGAGCACCAGACACUACACGCUGGCCAAAAACCGUUCCAAUGUGGAGAAUGUGGAAUGACCUUUGCUCAGUCUUCCAGGCUUGCCCGCCACCAGAGGAUCCACAGCGGGGACCGUCCAUAUGCUUGUGACCAUUGCGGGCAAGCAUUUACACGUUGCUCCACGCUGAAGAGGCAUCAGCGGGUGCAUACAGGAGACAAACCUUACCUAUGUCCUGACUGUGGGACUGCUUUCCGACACGCAGCUCAGCUGGCUCAGCAUUCACGGGUCCACACGGGGGAGAGACCUUUCCAGUGCCAGGAUUGUGGCAAAACCUUCUCUCGAGCAACUCACCUUACGAGGCAUGAAGCCAGACAUAAGAAAGAAUCACCUGCACCCACAGAAUAAUCCAUUUGUUGCCAUAGAAACGAUACAGUAUGGUGGCCCCCUUCUCGCUUAUGAACAUAUUGGUUUCUGAAAUUUGUUUUAAACACUCAAUCUGUUCUUUUUCCAUUGAGUCUAUGUUUAAAAGCACAUAAGCAACAAUAGCAGUGUUGAGUACACAAUAAAAAGGUUACAACUCACUGAAUAUACACGUUGUGAAGAAAUUAGAAAUACAUUACCAUCUUUUCCCCCCAAAUUUAAAUUUUUAAAUUAGGUGUGCGGGCUAUAAUUAGGGUUUAGAUCUGCUUCUCUUGCAUCUUUUUGUUCUUCUGUCUUCUUUCUUCACUUCCACAAAAGGGCAGAGAUUCCCGGCACAC